AUGUCCAAGAGCAGCUCCAUCACCAAGUUCCUCCUCCUGCAGCUCGCAGACACGCGGGAGCUGCAGCUCUUGCACUUCUGGCUCUUCCUAGGCAUCUACCUGAUUGCCCUCCCGGGAGAUGGCCUCAUCAUCACAGCCAUAGCCUGUGACCACCGCCUGCACACCCCCAUGUACUUCUUCCUCCUCAAUCUCUCCCUCCUCGACCUGGGCUCCAUCUCAACCACUCUCCCCAAAACCAUGGCCAAUUCCCUGUGGGACACCAGGGCCAUCUCCUACUCGGGAUGUGCUGCACAGGCUUUUUUUUUCUUCUUGAUCACAGCAGAGUAUUCUCUCCUCUCUAUCAUGGCCUACGACCGCUAUGUUGCCAUCUGCAAACCCCUGCAUUAUGGGACCCUCCUGGGCAGCAGAGCUUGUGUCCACAUGGCAGCAGCUUCCUGGGCAUUCUUUUGUGAAAUCCCCCAGAUCCUCAAGCUCUCCUGCUCACACUCCUACCUCAGGGAAGUUGGGCUUAUUGUGGUUGGUGCCUGUUUUUCAUUUGGAUGUUUUGUUUUCAUUGUGCUGUCCUAUGUGCAGAUCUUCAGGGCCAUGCUGAGGAUCCCCUCUGAGCAGGGACGGCACAAAACCAUUUCCACAUGCCUCCCUCACCUGGCCGUGGUCUCUGUGUAUGUCAGCAUUGGCAUAUUUACCUACCUGAAGCCCCCCUCCGUCUCCUCCCCAGUUCCAAAUCUGGUGGUUUCAUUUCUGUACGCAGUGGUGCCUCCGACAGUAAACCCCCUCAUCUACAGCAUGAGGGAAUCAGGAGCUCAAGGAUGCCCUAUGGAAACUGACCCAAUGGACACUGUUACACUGACAAUAACCUGCCUCCUGUUCUCUGCACGUUUCAGAGUUUCUCACAACAAGCAGAAUU